CAGGAAUUUCUCCUAAACUGGAUUGGUUUAGAUCUUAUGACGCGUAUCAGGAGCUCCACGUCAUGUCCAGCUGGUCCACUGUUUUCGUCCCUUUGACCACUAAACAUAAUCCUUGCUGGUCAGGAACCAGUUGCCGUGAUUCACGCUAAUCCACACGCGGUCUUGCAUCUCUCAUCGCUCAUCUCUCGUCCAUCCUCGGACUGCACACCCCUCUAAAACGUCCUCAGUAUAAAUGGAGUCGCGAUCAACGGACGGGGUAACACAGCAGCAUCAACUCCCCCCUUUCGUUCACAAUGUCCGGAGCGCUGUCCAGAGCAGUCUCCAGAGGGCCACGUCUCUCGCGGCGCCUUUGGCGGGCUGGGUUCGCGACAGGAAGGUCGACGCUGAUAGGUUCCGGGAAUUCUGCGCCGCGGAGAUCGAGAAGCACAAGGAGGGCGCGCUUCGUCAGGCUUUAGCGGGGAUGGAGGGGUUCACGUGGGCUGCGUUAAAAAAUGACGCGUCUAGGAUGCAGAGGCAGGAGAUGCGAUCUCCGUGCUUCGCGUCCAUUUCAUCGUCACUACACGGAUUCGACGCUGCGUCUGCGACUGCUGAUACUAACGCGUACGACGGGCGGGCGAGGCACCUGUUCGAUAUCGCCAUGUCCGCGCCGCAGGUGGCGAAGCGGCUGGAGGGCCUGGCGGUGUACACUGUGAGCAACGCGGCUAACGAGUUCGUCCUUAUCGCGGAUGCGGAGGGCAGCAAGUCGAUCGGGCUGUUCUGCUUCCGAAAGGAAGACGCGGAAACGCUCCUCGCGCAGGUGAAGGAUCGCGACGCCUCGUUGGGUAAAGGAGCUCGAGUGGUGCCAGUGGCCAUGGAUAAGGUGUACGCGCUGUCAGCGGAGGGCAUUGCCUUCCGCUUCCUGCCGGACCCCCUGCAAGUCAAGAACGCCGUCCAGCUGCGGUCGCAGGCAGGCGACAACAGCAAGGGCUUUGACGGGGUGCCUGUCUUUCAGUCGGAGAGCCUGAUCCUUCGGUCCAAGAAUCGCCGCUUCUGCCCGAUAUUCUUCACCAAGGAGGACCUAGAAGCGGCAGUGAGAAAAGCAAUGGGUGGGAAGCAGAAGAGCUCAGGGAAAGGGCCUGUCAGCAUCAACGUGCAGGUUGGGAGCUUCGAAGACGUGCUAAAAAAGAUGGAGAAGAACGAGGAGGACUCGCCAUGGGGCGACCUGCUCUUUGUGCCGCCCGGCCGGGAUGUGGAUGGGGUGGUGGGCAAACAGACAGCCCAUGCUGCUGGCUCUAGCGAAUCCGUGCUCUGCUGAGCUGUCAAACACAGGGAUAUCUGGACUGGUGCAUCUGACGUUUCGGGACGUGGAUUGGGUGUGGGCAAACAGACGGCCCAUGCUGCUGCUGGUCUGGCGAGUCUGAUCUGCCGACCUCGCCUUUCCUGGGCUCUCACAGCUAAAGCAACCUUGUCUGUGAGCUGCGCUGGGCGCUUAGAGACGUGCAGGGAGAUCGGGUGGUGGUGGGCAGACAGGCAGAUGGCUCAUGCUGCAGAUGACUCUCGGUUCAGCUGAUGGACUCUGGACUCUGGUCUGGAGACACCCGCUGAGCCCGCCCUCUGCUGCAAACCUUGCAUUGGUUGAUCCGGCUUUGACCACUGGACUGGACAUGCCCUGCAUUGCGUUGCAACAUUUGUGUAUGGUUCUAGAGAUUAGAUUAGAUCUGAUCUGACUACACCACUUGAAUGAAUCAGG